AUGACUGAAAAUUUGGAGACAGUUCAGCUCGAUUCGACAUCACCUAUGUCGUCUCCGAACUCUGUUUUCCUUCACAUUGAGGAUGAGACAGUCGCUGAUCAUACACUUUAUCAAACAAUUUCGAAUUUAUCAGCUGCAACAGAACUCUCCUUCUGCACCGAAGCGAAUAAUAUUUCAAAUUUAUUCGACAUCGUUCUCUCCAAAAUAUAUGGAAGGAGAUCUGUUUCAAACAUUUUAGAAAAAAGAUUAAUUCGAAAACCAGAAAACGAAAAGCAAAUUUCCGAAAACGUUACUCCCAUAUUAUCAAGCACCUUGGAUAUUAUAGAAAAGUGCUUAGAAAUAUGCUCUAAACUUCAGACAUUUCUUGGCAAAUUUUUGAAACAAUUAAAUGAACCAAAUGGCAUUUAUUCAGAUGUCAUUCUUACUCAGAUCUGCAAUAUUAUCUAUAAAUCCGUAGCUGCCGAUCAGAUGCUCAUUAAAAAGUCUUCAAUUAAAAAAGAUAUCAACGAGUUACAGAAAUUUUUAACCAGAGAUGCUAUAUCUCGCUUAGAUAUCCGCAUUAAAUCAUGCAGCAACUGGUUAUCCCAGAAAUUAGCCAUUGAAAAGACGCUGGAAACAGAAUUUAAGAAAUACGCGGAUCUUUCGAGAAUUAUCAACAUCAUGUGGGCAUAUUUGAAUAAGAUCUUACAAGAGCGUAGUCUCUGCCAGCCAAAUCUUCAUUUUGCUGCCAUUACAUCGCUCAUUUUCUUUGUAAACCUUUCUCCAGAUACUUUUACAUUAAUGAACGUAAUUCCUACGAUCAGAGAUUACAUCGAGACAAAUCCCUACGUUCCUCUUUACCACGAACUUUCUUUAGGUUCAUUUGAACAAUUACAGUCACUUCCAGCCUUCCAGAGUGAAUCCUUUACCUCCAGAUCCCAACAACCACCACAGAUCAUCACAGAUCUUCGCAAAGAAUUCGAAGAUAUCUCUCAAAUAAUUUCAUCUUAUUUAACUCGCAAAACAGCAGCACCAAAUACCGAUUUCCUUAAUGCUGUUGUACGCGCCUUCAAACUUCUCAACUACACAAAGGCCGUUCUCCGUCAACAAUACGUAGAAAAAUUGGCAAAACCUCCAGCUCAGCCAGAUUCAUUCAAAUCAUACGAAAGAGCCAUCAGAUAUGGCUAUACCGAGCCGGAACUGAGCUCAAUGCUCCAACUCCUUUCUCAUUGCAGAGAUCUCCACGAUCUUCUGCGUUCAAACGCUCCAUUUAUCUACGAAUCGGUCAGUCUUUCGAUCUCUGUCAUCUGGCAGGACUUUAUCAAGCAUAAACUUGCCAAAUGCUACAUUCAUACGCAGAGAGAUAAAGAUAAACUAUCCGAAAUCAUCGAAACACUCAGAUCCAUUGGUACUCAUUACGACCAAGGCGAAAAGUGGUCGAUGAAAGAGAAAGGAAUGAAAGAUGAAGCGAUGAAAGGCCGAAUUUCGGAAGAUUUGUAUUCUCCGAACCCCCAAUUGAUCGAAUUCGUCAGGAUCCAAGUCCAGCACCUCGCAAACCCUUACGGCGAAUACAUGAUCAAGACAGGAAGAGCUUUUGCCCACUCACAAGCAAUUAGGGACAAAGAAGUUGGUUAUAUCAAUGAAUUUGUCACUUCAUCUUUUGAUUGGACCGAUAUUCUCGCUUUUGACCAGCUUCUGGAGCAAUCCGUCGUUCAAUCUGAUUUCUAUUUCAAAGAAGUCGAAUUAGAAGUGAACGGAGUUGUCAAUUUCCCUGUCAAAGCAUCUCUUCCUUACAUUUUGGCCCAAUUCGCACUUCAAAACUACAAAUCUCCUGAAUUGACAGAAUUAAUCUUUUAUCCAUUGUCAAUUUACGAUGACGCACUAAAUACAGCGACGAAGAUCCACAAAUCAGGACUGAUGGUCGAAGAAAUCAAGUCAGAAGGCAUAGUUUGCGUUGAAACACUAAAAGCGUUAAUUUCUGACUUCACUUUUAAUGCAUUCAGAGCUUUCUCGACACUCAGACAGUUCCCAGAUAAACUGAGAACAUACGUCGCUGAAAAACUCCCUCAGCAGUACAAAAUGCCAAUUUCAAAGGCCUAUCGUCUUAGAACGAUUAUUCAACAAAACCGUUUUCACUUUUUGGCGAAAAACAUCAACUUGAUACAGUUGAUUGCCCAGAAAGUCGACGACAACAUGAACAACGCUGUCAUUCAACUGUUCAAACUUGCAAAGACACAUGGUUUGACAGCGUCUUUGGCUAUUUCACACGGUUUGGACGCUUUGAAAGAUGCACACAGAUUGUUGACAGAAAACGGUUUGCCACUUUUGCCAUUUACAAGUAUUGAAAGGAGUGCAAAGAAUGACACUUUUCCACUUGGAUUUAUUUCGGAGUAUUUCAAGAACACAACACAACAUUUGUUCAAAGAAAUCAUUCCGAAUUACACACUCGCAAUUAAUCCUCAUAGAUUCAUUCCAAAUAAAAACGUGACAUUGAGAAGUGAAUCAUUGGGAUCGAACGAAAUUGGAAAGAUCAUGCAAUACGCAACUGAAUCUUCCUUGGCUUUCGUAACCGUUUCUCACUUCACUUUCUUUGCCAGACAAUGUUCAGAAGGCACAUUAGCUUUGAUCAUGAAAUACAUCAAUUCAAGUGUUGAAAAAACAUACACGAAUUUCGUCAACGCUUAUUUGCCCCUGAAAUCAAGAAUUUCCAGAUGCAAGGAUUCCCCAUAUGGAACAGCCGCAAAAGGUGUUUACGCGAAAUACGAAUCAUCUUACAAAUAUUUACAAGAUGAUACAGCGAUUGACUCUGUUCUCCACGCAUUGCAAGGGUUAGGAAACUUGUUUGUAGCAUUGGAAAUGCUCGAUGAAGCAUUUGUAAUCAAGAGAUUCUCUCUUUCUCACGCGUUGGCAGUCUUGAAAUCAAAAGAUGACAACAGGAAAGGUUUGGAAAAAUUAUUUGAUGACACUUUUUCAAAAAGUGUCGCAACGAUCAGUACAACGAGUCCUGAUGUUGCAAAAGAGACAGCGGGAAUGUGCCUCAGGUUUGGCAUUCACUGCCUCAUCAAGGAGAUCAUGAAGAACCCAGAAGUUUUGGAUGAACAAUUGAUAACUGAUAGAGAAUCAUGUCAUAAAAUGCCUCCUUUCAACCAAAUGAAAGGUUUCGCAAGUAUGUGGUCGAUCAUCGAGUUCGUGUUCUGUCUCAUAGAGGCAAACAAGAUGCCAGGAAAAGACAAAGGACUCGUAAAGUACGGUGUUGGCGUUACUUGUGGUGCAGCAAUUCUCUGUUUGGCUACUGACCAAACCGCUUUGGCAAAAGUUCUUUCUAUCGGUGUCAAAAUUUCAAGAGCUUCAAAUGUCGAAACAGAAGAGACAUUCGAGCCUCUCGUCAAGUUUAACAACAUUUACUGCGUUGUUAAGGCGGCGUUCGAUUGGGCUAUAACAUUCUUUAAACCAAGUGUUGAGAUCAUGAAGAAAUACAUUGAACUCAAAGGUGCCCAAGAAUAA